AGGGAAAUUAACUCCGGUCUGUGGCUGAGCAAAUCAAAGCUUCUUUCUUGUUGCUCUGCUCACUGUGGGUGGGGGUGUGUAAGUUCUAGAGAGAGAGAGAGGGGGAGAUUAGAAUUGGGGGAGGAUGGAGGGGAAAGAGGAAGAUGUGAAGGUGGGGGCAAACAAGUACUCGGAGAGGAUGCCGCUUGGGACGUCGGCGCAGGGGAAGGACUACAGGGAGUCGCCGCCGGCGCCGCUGUUCGAGCCGGGGGAGCUGCACUCGUGGUCGUUCUGGAGGGCGGGAAUCGCGGAGUUCAUGGCCACCUUCUUGUUCCUGUACAUCACGGUGUUGACGGUGAUGGGCUACUCCAGAUCCGCCAGCAAGUGCGCCACCGUCGGCGUCCAGGGCAUCGCUUGGGCCUUCGGCGGCAUGAUCUUCGCCCUCGUCUACUGCACCGCCGGCAUCUCAGAAAUCGUCCUAAAUAGGAUUAAAACAUAGAGAAAAAUAUCAAAAAUAAGACUUUCAUGUUUUU